ACUGCGGCCCCGGGUGCUGGUAUACACACUUGAAAGGUGCGCGCGGCGCCACUUUACAUAAUAUUUCAUUGGUGUUGGUUGUCGUCUGCUGAUAACUCCAAAAGCCAUAUCUUUCGUCAGUUCCACUGUAGUUCGGGAUAAUAUUACAGUUGCUAAAUUAAUAAAGAUCUACUUCUCCCGGACUAAUAACCACUUUUGAAGACUUCCAACUGCCGUUUGGUCAAAAUAUCCACCGGGACCGAUUUAGACACAAGUUUCCGCCGCAACUGAGUCAUUAAAUCACUUUCGCAAGAGUUGGGCUCCCAGACAACCAGCGGCAGCGCGUGCCGAAGAUACGGGGUUGCCGCCCGCCUAGCUUAGGCAUUCGAGUUCAGAUUUCAACUGCAAGAGGAUUCCGAUAUCUUCAUUGAUCAACCCACCCGAAAAUGGAAUACCUUCAUCUUUUUUAUCACCAAAUGAGAUUAUGAUCAUGAGGAGGUAUAGGGGAACGCCCAGGACAUUAUGACUGCAUCAUUUAGUGAAAGACUGUCGUCAUCUGUUGCCUAGCAACGCAACAUCACUUGUCGAUCACGUGAUUGGGUCGUGUAUCUUCUUGAGCAUUCACUUGAGGUUCUUAACCGAAACAGUGUUCUCACUUUCGACAAAGGAAAAAAAAGGAAAACACAACAUUCGAGGGGAAUCACUGAAUUCCCGGCAACAUAUCGAGUGUUGUCACUUUGAUCAAGCGUCCGACCAGACACGAAUGACAGGUGAUGCUGUGGACUGUCUGCCAAGCGGUUCCUGCUCCAAAUAUGGAAUUUAAAAAAAAUGAAUGAUUAAUGAGAAAGUUUUAGUGUUUUACAUCGAAAGGAACUUCCAAUCUUCAGAGCAUGAAAUAAGCUUGGGGAUGUGAUCAUACUCUAUUGUCGGAUGUUUUUGUGAUAUCUGUUUUGCAUUUACUUGAUCGUGCCAUUCUAAAGAACUGCAUCUGAAUCUGAGUUUUGUUCAAGAUUUAAUCGCAAAUAUGGCAAUGAUGAAUUAUCAGAUGGCCUCGGCCUAUCCACACUCAAUGCAGAACUACAUGGAUUACCCCAUGCACAACCCACACAUUCACACCCCACUCAUGCAUCCAAUCCAAAACCACCACUUUCACCAUCCUCCUCAAAUCAACAAUCAAUCCAGUAUGCAUUUUAGUCAGGAUGAAUACUAUGUUGAGGAUAGCGACGACGAAUCGAACUUCACUUCGGAAGACUACGAAGAUGACCGAAUGAGUGAUGAGCUCUCCGAGAGGGAGCCGAGCGCCGUCGAUCAGUUGUUGGAUUUCGCAGAGACGGCAAGUUCAGACAUUCAGAAGUUUUUCGGCAAGAAGCGGGUUUUGGACGAACCGGAAUUGAUUGCGGAUUGCAACAAGAAGGUUCGGUUAUCAGGACGUGAAUUGUACUACGCUGAUUUGCUCAGAGUUGCUCAACAAGGCGAUUCAGCCGACCCUUGUAAAGACACAUCCGAACCGAACCGAAUCGUGCGGUACGGAGAUGACGAAAGCAGUCCGGAUUUAACGGCAACCCUUUCUCCCAAAUCAAUCGAUAGUAAUGGUUUGGGUCCCUUGGAAGAACUGUUCAACUACGCAGAAAGGAAUAUGUGUUACAGUAGUACUAUGCUUCCAAUGUAUGGCUAUUCUGCUCAAAACAGUUCAUGGAUGCCGCCGACAGACAACGCAAACGAUUCAACUUUAGGCGGGAAACUUUCCGUUACUCCGUGGCGAAAGCGCGCCAUGCCGAAAAGUUUCUUCACCGAGCCCGCGCCAUCGUCAGCUUCGCGUGUCGAGGUCGAUCAGCGAUUCGUAGGGUUGGGCUUACCACUGGACUCGGUGUGUGCUGGAUCGGUUGCUAGUAGCAACCACCACGAGGCUCCUGAUUUUAGUGAUUUAAUCGCGACCAUGGAGUCCGACGAUGAUCACGGCUUGCCGAGGGUUACGCCAGUCCAUGGCUAACAGUUUUGUGCAGAUAAUGGUGACAAACUGAAAGAGCUUCGAGACAAUCAAUGCAAUCUCUUUAUGUCAUUUUCAAUAUAUUUGAGGAAAUAUAUUUUAUAUCAUACCUGACAUUUCUAGCUUUAUCAGUUUCAAAAAAUCUUGUAAUCCCGGUGAAUCCCGGUGAAAGCACCAACACGAAAAUAAUUAGACAUAAUAAUUUAGACAUGAAACAUUUUGGAAUGGUGGUCACUUCAGGUACCUCUUGUCUAUGGAAUACAUGUAUUAAUGUUUUUAGGGGUAGGAUAUCCUUUUUUAACAAUUCAAGUCAACAAAAAAAUGGAACUAAACAGCAAAAGACAUGAUAUCUGUCAGCCAGAAAACAAAAUAGGCAUAAGUCCACUUUCUCAUGGAAAUGGAAGCACUUGCCCAAAAUCAACGACAGUCGAUUAACGUGAUGUGAUUUAAACUUAAAAUUUUACUUUUAUAUACAGAUAUCCAUAAUCAGAAUUCUAUCAGGGUUCUUAUCUUUAUGUAAAAAAAGAAAUAUAAUUUCGAAGAUUUUUGAAAUAGUUCUAUGGAAAUAUAAAAUGAAACUGUAGGGUGCAGUGGCACUGACUUCAACUGUCGUAGAUGGGGUCCUUUCAUUUUUCUUCUGCGAACACAUUCAAGUUUUCGUCGACGACGAAGAAGCGUCGACAUGUAUUACCAAGAUAUCAGUAUAAUGAUAUUCCAACAAGAUAAAAUUGUGUUUCAUGUUUCAUGGUUAGGUCCAAUGAGUUUUGGUGUUAAUGUUGAAACCUAUUUAGUCUUUGUUUGAAUAAAAAUACGUAAAGUAUCAUUUUAUAUCCAGGGUGCUUAACUAUUUAAUUUCAAAUCUUGCCAUUUAUUUGUAUAUUGUUGACAUGGUUGAUAUUAAUACGUUUCUGAUUUGGUAUUAUAUUCAAAUAUUGUUCGUAUGCUCAUUGUCAUCUUAGCUCAUUGUCGUUGAGAACAGUGAUGUGGCUCAUUAGUAUUUUGCAAUAUAUUAGAACAUAUAGAUGAAAUAAAGAAGAUAUUUCUUUCAAAUGCGUUAGUAUGAUGUGUUACAGUAGUACCGGGUUAAAUUAAGAGAUAUGAUUUCAUCAUCCUAAUUACGUUCGUAUAAUAUUCAUUUUCAUUCAUAUCUAUAACGGUAUUUGGUACAAAGUUUAGCAAUUUUAAAUCUGCCACAUAUUUUCCUGUUGAUAUGAUUAAUAAGCUAUAUACUUAUCCAUCAACAUUUUAAUGAGAUUUAGUUGAAUGAAGAAAUUAUUUUAAAAAUUGAUGAGAUAUUCAUAUUGAUAUUAUAUUUCUAAAAGAGCUGCUGAACUAUCGUAAUCUUAAUAUUUCCUUUCAUUUAAACUUUGAUUACGCGAUGCAACUUAUGGUGAACAAUCGAACCUAAAUUAAACAACUCGUUUAUGCAAAGAGUUGAGUGAAUAAUGUACAUUGUGGGAAGCCUUCCAACUGUAUGGGUUAAGGUUAUAGCCAGGGCUGUGAAUGAUGGUAUGGAAACGAUUUCUUUGUGACGUAUUCAGCCAACCAUACGUCGAAGGGUGACACACUGAUGACCGGGCGAGUCCCAGCGAUGGGUAAAAGACACCUUUUUUGUUUUUAUGGCCUCUCUUUAACAAAAGACAUAUUAUCUUUGAUAAAAAUAUCAACAUUGUGUCUCACCAUGC